AUGAGGUUCAUUUCACCAAUCCAAGUAAACAAACGUUAAUAAGGACAUUCAAAAUACCCAAUGAUUUUAAUUUGGAUCAAGUAGAAAGUUCAGUGAUGAGAUACUACUUAUCUAAGGGUUCUACAAAUGGGCCAACAGAAUCAUUUGGCAUCUAUAGAUAUUAUGGGUUGUUGCCAUACAUGUCAAAACCAUAUUUAUGUGAAGAAAAUUCACAUUGUGUUGAUAAUUUGAUCGGUGGAAUAGAACCUCUGACUAGUUAUAUUUCUGCCAUUCUAGAAAAUUAUUGGCCUUCUUU